UCUCUCUCUCAGACAGACAGACACAAUGAAGCACAAUAGAUGUCUACAAGAUUAUGAGUAUUUAUUGAGUGUCUAUAGAUGCCCACUUUUCCAUCUUCUGUUGCAUGCUCCCAGCAAUGUCUAUGGUGGAAGUGAGAGUUCCAAACUUGGACUGCCAUGGCUGUGCUUCCAAGCUGAAGAGAGCUCUCUUCAAGCUCAAAGGAGUGGAAGAGAUAGAAAUAGAAAUGGAGAUGCAGAAGGUCGUGGUGAAAGGCUACGGCUUGGAAGAAAGAAAGGUGUUGAAAGCCAUCAAACGAACAGGGAAAGCAGCCGAACCAUGGCCAUAUCCGGGUUACUCCUCCCAUUUCGCUUCUUUUUACAAGUACCCGACCCAAAUCGCAAAUCAAUACUAUUACAACAGGAAUGAAGCUGCCGGACACAAUCUGCACACCUUCUUUCACACCCCUUCGGUUUAUUCCGUCGCUGUUGCCUCCGAUGAAGCUGUUGCCUCACUUUUUAGUGACGACAAUCCUCACGCAUGCACCAUCAUGUGAAAGGGCGCAUUUGAUUGUAUGUUAUUUAAUUAAUCUAGUUUUGAAGUUCAUUAUUUUUGUAACUUAAGUUGAUAUAAAUUAAGUUGAUACAUUUUGAUUGA